CCACUGUUGAAGUCACAUGACUGGGUGAACCGUAUGAAGGAAAAAUGGCUGCGCAUCUGUCGUACGGACGAGUAAAUUUAAACAUCUUAAGAGAAGCAGCUAGGAAAGAGCUGCGUGAGUUUCUGGACAAAUGUGCUGGAAGUAAGGCCAUUGUUUGGGAUGAAUAUCUGACUGGACCAUUUGGACUGAUAGCCCAGUACUCUCUACUGAAGGAACAUGAAGUGGAAAAGAUGUUUACUCUGAAAGGUGGGCGGCUUCCGUCGGCCGAUGUGAAGAAUAUCAUCUUCUUUGUGCGUCCCAGACUGGAGCUGAUGGAUAUUAUUGCAGAGAAUGUGUUCAGUGAAGAUAAGCAGUCGCCACGGGAGUUCCACAUCCUGUUUGUCCCUCGGCGGAGCAUGCUGUGUGAACAGCGGUUAAAAGAGCAGGGUGUUUUGGGUUCUUUCAUCAAUAUCGAAGAGUAUAUCCUGGACCUCAUUCCAUAUGAUGGUGAUCUUCUUUCCAUGGAGUACGAAAGUGCAUUUCGGGAGUGCUACCUGGAGAACGACCAAACAAGUCUCUACCACACAGCCAAAGGUCUUAUGACCUUACAGGCUCUGUACGGCACUAUUCCACAGAUAUACGGGAAAGGAGAAUGUGCCCGGCAUGUGGCUAACAUGAUGCUGAGGAUGAAGAGAGAGUUUGCUGGCAGUCAAAAUCAGAUCCUCCCAGUUUUUGACUCGUUGCUCCUCCUUGACCGAAACGUAGACCUUCUUACCCCUUUGGCCACACAGCUGACCUAUGAAGGGCUCAUCGAUGAGAUCUAUGGAAUCACUAAUGGUUAUGUCAAGUUGCCUCCUGAGAAGUUUGCACAGAAAAAGCAAGGUGAGACGAGCAAAGAUUUACCCACCGAGGCCAAGAAGUUGCAGCUGAACUCAGCGGAGGAGCUGUAUGCUGAAAUCCGGGACAAGAAUUUUAAUGCGGUUGGAGCUGCUCUCAGCAAGAAGGCCAAAAUCAUUUCUGCUGCUUUUGAGGAACGUCACAAUGCUAAAACAGUGGGCGAAAUAAAGCAGUUUGUGUCCCAGUUGCCUCACAUGCAGGCGGCUCGCAGCAGCCUGGCCAACCACACGUCUGUGGCCGAACUCAUCAAAGACAUUACAACUUCUGAGUCCUUCUUUGAUAAUCUGACCGUUGAGCAGGAGUUCAUGACUGGUGUCGACACAGACAAGGUGAACACAUACAUUGAAGACUGCAUCGCCCAGAAAGACCCUCUCAUCAAGAUCCUGCGCCUCGUGUGCAUGCAGUCGGUGUGCAACAACGGACUGAAGCAGAAGAUAUUGGAUUACUACAAGAGAGAGAUUCUUCAGACCUAUGGUUAUGAACACAUGCUAACGCUGAACAACCUGGAGAAGGGUGGGCUUCUGAAACUGCAGACAGGCUCCAGGAAUAACUAUCCAACCAUUCGGAAAACUCUCAAACUGUGGAUGGAAGAUGCCAAUGAGCAGAAUCCAAACGACAUCUCGUACGUGUACAGUGGCUACGCCCCGCUCAGUAUCCGCCUGACGCAGGUCCUGGCCAGGCCAGGUUGGCGAAGCAUCGAGGAGGUGCUCAAAAUGCUCCCUGGUCCACACUUUGAGGAGAGGCAACAGCUCCCGCCAGGACUCCACAAAAAACGCCAGCAGGGAGAGAAUCGAACCACCCUGGUGUUUUUCCUAGGUGGAGUGACUUAUGCAGAAAUAGCAGCCCUGCGUUUCCUUUCUCAAAUGGAAGACAGUGGGAUGGAGUAUGUCAUAGCAACCACAAAACUCAUCAAUGGCACAACUUGGAUCAAAUCUCUCCAGGACCAUCCCGAGGCCCAGAACGCAUGAGUCACAUGAUCUCCCACCUGCACACAUCAAAUAAUCCAUCGAUCAGAGAAGACUGAGCAGCUUCCUUCAUUUCCGUGUCAGCGUGAUGCAGGUGUUGCAUUGAUGUCAGAGCUGGCAGAACAACAGGAGAGUUCUUGACUCUUUUUUUCUGCACCUGCUUUUAAAUGGACUUUGGUCCAUAACUCUGUAUGUUUGUAUUUAUGAGCAAGAUAUUUGGGGUGUCUGUAAUAACAUGUCAUUAUUUCUGUUGAAAACAAGGUCAAUUAAAUU